UAAUUUGAGAAAACCCUUCAUCAAAAUUUGUUACAUUCUGUCAAGAACAUUUCGAAUUCAAACCCGGAAGUGAUUGCAAAAUGGAUGAAGAACUACAAGAAGGCAGAGAAACAGUGCUGGCAGAGCCAGAAACCGCUGAAAAUAAUGACGCUGAGACGUUUCCCUCCAAUGAAGAGGUGAUAGCUGAGUUGGCUGAUGACUACGCUAAUUAUCUUAACUUUGAAACACCAAUAGAGAAACAAUCAUUUGAUGAGAGUAUUGAAGAGAUGUUGACGAGACUGGAUGAAUAUUGUGGACUUGUUGACUUGAUUCGAAGUGAUACGUCCCUCUGCUUGAAUAAAACCCUGCCAGGAAUAUACGCGAAGUCUCUCCAGAUGCAGGGAAUAUUUCAGAAAAUAGAUCAGCUGGAGGCGUUUGUAGCCUUGGUCAGGGAGAACGUGUCUGUGCUGGAGGAGCAUGUGAAUAAAGCUGAAGAUGAUAUGGGAUCAUUUAGUACUGUCAAAAAGAUGCUCAGUUCGUUUUCUUUACCAUUCAGUAAAAAAGCAUCUCCUAAACCAGAGACGAAAACAAGAUACGUGCCACCAGAAAUUUAUGACUCUGAUGAUUACUUCGGACCCAAGCCUGCUACAAGUAGACAGCGAAGUAAGACGGACGAGAGCCUGACUAGACAAAAGGGACAUUCUUCUAAAGAUCCGUCAGUUGAGGCUGCAGCAGAGGUGAAAGUGAUCGAAGGUGAAGCGUGAGGGCGCCGUACAGUUCUUCCUGACUUUCAACAUUAUCUAUGAAUCAUUCCAUUCAAUGAGGGUUGAACCCUUCCCAUGUAUGAUUUAAAGCUCCACUGGUAUUCGGCGUCAAAAAUGUGCAGUAUGUAAAUGAUGUCCACUAGGCACAUGCUUAAACUUUAAAGGCGUACACCAUUCAUGUUCAUUAUACUUUCUUGUGGCUCAAGUAAAUAGAAAUGAUAAAUUACCAGGGUGCAGAUAUUAUGCACACAAAUUUGGCAUUUACAGUAUUUGUAUAUCAGUCUACACAAUGGAAAUUUUUUGAUUCAUCAUUAAUUUUCAGCUUUCAAAUUUUUUCAAAUGAAGUAGGGGUCUGCAAAGCAGACUUCAGCAUGGUCUGGUUCUGCUGAAGUUCAAUGAAUACUGUGGGGCUUUAAAUCAGUUUGUAUAGACUAACUUUGUUCCAACAUACUGUGAACCGGUGCUAAGGUAUUAUUGAGUCAAACAAGUAAAAACAUUGUAAAGAUCAUUGAAUUAGAAUCUAUGUCUGAGUUUCUUCUUGGUGAACAGGCAUUUGCUGAUUAGUUCCCAGCAGAUGCCAAUAGAUGUCUGAUCCGUGUUAGUGUCUUGUAAAUAUCAGAAAUAGUUUCUUUAAUUAAAAAGAGUUUGA